CCCAGGGGCAGCGCGUCUCACUCCAAGGGCGCCUGCGCCUGCGGCGGAUGAGUGUGGGCGUUCUAUCGAGAGAAUGCGCCGAGCCGGCAGGCAGCACUGAGUAUCGGUGCGCAAGCGCGGUGGAAGCAGGCCCGGGAUUUAAAGGGGUAGUGUCCGCGGGUGCUGCCCCUUGGGGGGGCGGGAGGAAAGUCUCAGUUCGGCGUUUUCAGAGGCGAGUGGGCUUUGUUCCUCCUUGUUUGGAAAACAUGGUUUGCGGGGGCUUCGCCUGCUCACGCAAUGCUCUGUGCGCCCUCAACGUCGUUUACGUGCUGGUUGGUCUACUACUGAUUGGUGUGGCUGCCUGGGGCAAAGGAUUUGGGAUUGUUCCCAGCCUCCACAUCAUCGGAGGGGUCAUUGCUGUGGGCUUCUUCCUGCUUCUCAUCGCCAUCGUGGGACUCAUCGGUGCUAUCAACCAUCACCAAGUCAUGCUUUUCUUUUAUAUGAUAAUUCUAGGGCUAAUCUUUAUUUUCCAGUUUGGAAUUUCCUGUGCAUGCCUGGUACUGAAGACACAUAAGCAGGAAAGUCUUUUGAAUGGUACCUGGAAAUUACUGAAUGACAACACCAGGAUAUCAUUGGAAAACAGCUUAAAUUGCUGUGGGUUAUUCAACAACACUGAAUCUGCUGAGCUAUUUAAGAGCGAUGUUGACAAUUGCAGUGCGCCGUGCACAAAAACAUCUGUAUGCUUAAAGUGUGGUGUUCUGCUGAUGGAACAUGCCGAUGAGGCUUUGAAAAUCCUUGGUGGAGUUGGACUCUUCUUCAGUUUCACAGAGAUCCUUGGAGUAUGGCUUGCAAUGCGUUACAGAAACCAGAAGGAUCCCAGAGCCAACCCCAGUGCCUUUUUAUAGUUCUUUCUCCUACCACCUUCCAGGUUUCCUUUUUAGUUAGUUACUUCUUGCUUAUUUAAGACCUCCCAUUUCCAUCACGGUUGCCAACCACUCUUGCAGGCCCUAUGAGGGCAAAUUUUGCCAUUAUGCCAAAAUGCUGAUAGGAUGAAACAGCAAGCAAAGGUCUCAUCCAUGACAUGAAGCCUUUGGCAUGUGGCAAAGGGAUCCAGUACUGGAAAGAAAAAAGCAGACAUUAGUUGGUAUCAUGUAAGAUAGUAGAAAAAAAAUCAUUUUGUUGACUCGUGUAAUUGCUGCUCAUAACUACAAUCAUUUUGGUGUUUUAAAAUUGUUUUUAUUAUCGUACCCGUGUUUUAAAAAAAUAGAUUUUCCCUAAAGCUGCUUCUCCCCCCCCCUCCACAAAUGUCUACACCUUGACAAGGUGAAGUGCUCUGUCUUACCUUUUAAGCAGCAGAGGCAACAAUUGUCCCAUAAAAUUACUUUCCACCAGGUUUGCCUUCCCAAUUUGUGUUUCCUAUGAUCAAACA